GCCUUGCACUCCUGGGCAGGUCGGGGGCGGUGUCAGGUAUAUAUACAGUCACAACUGCACCAGCCAGCCAUCGUUCCAGACGACUCCCAGCACACCAGACAUGAAGCUUGUACUAGUCACCUGCCUGGUAGCUGUCGCCUUCGCUGCACCAAAGCCACAGAGCGAUAUACCAGAGGCGCAGGUCGUCCGCAGUGACCGGUCAGAGGUGCAGGUCGUCCGGAACGACAGGCCAGAGGUGCAGAUCCUCCGCAACGACCGCGAGAACCCGGGUGAUGGCAACUUUAACUAUGCUAUAGAGGCCGACAACGGCAUCAACUUACAGGCUGCUGGCAGCGUUGGCUCUGAGGGCCAGAGUAACAUCCAGGGCAGCUACUGGUUACCCCUGGAGGACGGCACCUUCCAGGAAAUUCGCUACGUUGCCGACGAGUUCGGCUUCCGUCCAGACUCCUCGCUGCUGCCCACACCCCACCCAGACCCUCCCCAUGUCGCUGAGCUCCUCCGUAUCGCGGAGGAACAGCGAGCACAGGGCAUCACCUUCGAGUGAGGCUCCAGACCCUACCGGAGCAGAGUGAGAAAGCGGAUCCUCACGGAGUGCGCUACGUAAUGACGCAUCUCACUCCAACAGAGAGAGAGAGAGAACUUCUGGCGACAUCUUUUCAAUGCAACGUAAAGUCCGUUGUGAAAAAAACUAUUAAAAACACUGAAACACCUUA